UCCAAGUCAAAGCCCCUUCUCCCCUCAAAGAAAGCCGAGCAUUGUAGAUUUAGAACAUGGCAUCCAUUUCAGCGAACUCUGAAGCUGAUCGACUGGCGCAGCUAAAGGCCUUCGACGCAACGAAAGCCGGUGUGAAAGGGCUGGCAGAUGCUGGAGUGAAAGAAAUCCCUCCCAUAUUCUACACGCCGCCUGAUAUCAUGGACAGCAACAAAUCAAGUGACGGGAAGUUCACCUUCCCCAUCAUCGACCUCCAAGGCACGGCCACAGAUCCUGCCAAGCGGAAGGAGAUCGUCGAGAAAGUUCGAGAUGCUUCCUCCACCUGGGGGUUUUUCCAGGUCCUUAACCAUGGAAUUCCACUCAACGUACUGGAGGAGAUGAUAGCCGGAGUGAAGAGGUUCUACGAGCAAGAUCUCGACGAGAAGACCAAGUUCUUCACACGUGACUACAGUACUAGAAAGGUUGCUUACAACAGCAAUUAUGACUUGUACACCGCGCCGGUCACUAAUUGGAGAGACACCACCCUCUUCUACAUGGCUCCGGAUCCACCCAAGCCCGACGAACUCCCUGUUGCUAACAGGGGAAAUCCUGAUGGAGUAUUCCAAGAAGAUGGUUAAGAUGGGCUACCUGAUCUCUGAGCUGCUCUCGGAGGCUCUAGGACUUGACCCAAAUUACCUGAGAAAUAAGGAGUGCUUGAUGGGACAUUACUUUGUUUGUCAUUAUUACCCACCUUGUCCUCAGCCUGAUCGUACUUUGGGGUCAAGCAAGCACACAGACACCGAUUUCAUGACCAUACUCCUACAAGAUCAUGUUGGGGGGCUCCAAGUACUCCAUCAGGAUCAGUGGGUGGACAUAACUCCACUGCCAGGAUCCCUUGUAAUCAACAUCGGAGAUUUGCUUCAGCUCAUGUCCAAUGAUAAGUUCAAGAGCGUGAAGCAUAGGGUGCUAGCAAAUCGUAGCAACGGACCAAGGAUAUCGGCGGCGUGCUUUUUUAGCACCGGCCUUUUGCCAAACCCAGCAAAGUAUGAACCCAUUGAGGAGCUGCUAUCUGAAGAGAAUCCUCCCAAAUACAGAGCGACCACAAUUUCAGAGUAUUUGAUGUCUGCAAAGACCAGCAAAGGAGUCGAUGGGGAGUCUCUUCUUCAUGAGUAUGUACACCUUGACACAACAAGGAAAUGAUAUGGGGAUCCAGUGUGACAAUGUAACCGAGUUGCAGCUGAAAUUUAUACCUGGUCCCUUAAAUAAUGAAGUUUAAUAAAUAAAUAAAUAAUUUUGUACCCAAUGGACCAUUUAUUGGGUUAAUUGCAUAUGUAGGAUGUCACUUGUGUAUAGUGAACCUUUUUAAGUUGUAUUACGCUAUUGUAACCACUUUGAAUAAAUAUU